GAGGGCAGUACAUUUCUCUCAAGCCGCCCCCUCCCACCCCACCUUAACACACUCUUGUCAAAUUCCUACUAGGUAAACUGUGGCAAAAUCAUCAAAUUUACUAGCAAAUCUUGAACUAAUCGACUUUUAAUUUUUUGCUUUUUUGCACAUUUCUGUUAUUUAAUUUCCAGGGUUUAUUUGGGAAAAUCCCAGUGAAUUUGUCGACUUUUCUUGAAUUAAUUUUAAGCAAAAAAAAAUAAAAACUUGGUGGGGUUUGUAGAAAAAAUGGCAGGUUGUUGUUCAUCAGGUAUAAGGUUGUCAUCUCAAUUUACAUCACUGAAAAAUGAAAUCUUGAUUACGGGGUCCAAUAAAGAUUCCAACUUUACAUUUAUUAAAUGUCAAGAUUUUGUGGGUAGGAACAAAAUUGGGUUUUUGGUUUGUAAGAACAAGUCAAGAUUCUUGAUUAAGAGUUCAUUGAAUCAAGAGGGUAACUCAACAUCUGGUGUUAGUGUAGAAACAGUGAUAAAAGGGAAUGAUAGUGGUGUUUUUGAUGUUGGUGUUGUUGAUAAUGGUGGCGACGGGGUAGGGGAUUUGGCUGCUGGAAUUGGUGGAAAUGGGAAAUACAAUGGUGGUGGUGGUGGUGGUGGGGGCAGGGGCGGAGGAGGAGGAGGAGGGGAUAAUGGAGGGGGUGAUGAGGAAGACGAGGAAUUUGGGCCAUUAUUGAAGUUUGAGGAUGUGAUAAGGGAGGCAGAAGCUCGCGGGGCGAAGCUUCCUGCUGAUAUUAUUGAGGCUGCAAAGAGUGUUGGUAUAAGAAAGCUACUUUUGAUGAGAUAUUUGGACUUGCAGGGAUCAGCUUGGCUUGGCGCUGCAAUGAGAUCAAGCGCUAUGCUGCGGAACAGAAUGUUGGCUGAUCCAUCAUUUCUUUUCAAAGUUGGAACUGAGAUAGUUAUUGAUACAACUUGUGCAACAGUUGCGGAAGUUCAAAAGAGGGGCAAAGAUUUUUGGGCAGAAUUUGAAUUGUAUGCUGCAGAUAUGUUGGUUGGGGUUGCUGUCAAUGUAGCCCUAGUUGGGUUGCUAGCACCAUAUGCUCGAAUUGGGCAACCAUCUGUAUCUCAAGGGUUUGUUGGUCGCUUUCAGAGAGCUUAUGGAGCACUUCCAAGCAGUGUAUUUGAGGCUGAAAGGCCAGGGUGUAGAUUUACGUUGAAUCAGAGAAUUGCUGCUUAUUUUUAUAAGGGCAUUUUAUAUGGAUUCGUCGGGUUUGGAUGUGGUAUCAUUGGCCAAGGAAUUGCAAAUAUGAUAAUGACUGCCAAGCGGAGCAUCAAGAAAUCAGAGGACGAUGUUCCUGUUCCUCCUCUUGUAAAGAGUGCAUUACUUUGGGGUGUUUUCCUUGGAGUUUCUUCAAACACCAGGUUACAGGUCGUGACUGGAUUAGAACGUCUGGUGGAAUCUUCUCCUGUGGGAAAGCAGUUUCCGCCUGUUGCAAUGGCAUUCACAGUUGGUGUGCGAUUUGCCAACAAUGUAUAUGCUGGAAUGCAGUUUGUGGACUGGGCGAGGUGGAGUGGUGUGCAGUAACUAUAUCUUCAUGUCUUUUCUCUUUCGGCAGUUCUCAAGGGGGUCAUCAGUGGUUCUUCAUUCAACACCAAUACCUUAGGGUUAUGGAUGGAGGCGACUUAUCACUAAGCCAACUCGUUGUCACUUGUUUGUGAUUCUAGUUCAAUAAUUCCAUCUUUGUUGUAUUCUAGUAGAUGAUUUGAGUUUUCGUUACACCAUUAACAAAGAAACAUGUUUGUCUCUAGAAACAUGUGAUGUGUGAGUUAGAGACAUGUCACGAGUUCGAACCAUAAAAGGCAAGUGGAGAAGGAUGGGCCCUAAUAUCAUUGAGUUUCAAAUCAUGAAGGGUGACUGCAGCAGAAUUUGGAAUUUAUUCCCCCUUUUCCAUGGGCUUCUAUGAAAUUGAAAUAAAGCAGAAAAUGGUCCUCUUUAUGUAGUGAAAAAUAUUUUGGAAUGUACUACUUCAACAUACUCUGUAAUCUUACGAGGAGUCUGAGGAGGAUAGUGUGCAUGUAGACUUAACUCCUAUAUUACGAAGAUAGAAAGAUUGUUUUCAAUAGAUUCUUGGUACAAAAUAAUGUAAAUAAAUAUUUUUAUUAGAAAUGGAAUGGAGGAGGAAAAAGCA